AUGGUAGAAAAAGUUUCUACAUCAGACGCUUCUCCCCGUAUGCGUCAUGAUGUUCGUAAUCCUCCAACCGCUAAGCUUUGUACUGUAAAUUCUGUUACGUCCUGUUAG